AUGCCGGCCGACGCCAAGGGUGAUAACGUAUUACGUGAGAUUGUCUACACGCUGGUACCCGCCCAGCCGCUUCCUGUAGUUGACUUGUCCAAGUCUUUUCGAGGUCGACUAUUGCCGGCGAAGGUUCACACUUUCAUCCGCCGCAAGUACUACAAGCACUACCGACCUGUCUUGGUGUGCGCUGUAUUAUCAUAUUGUUUGAAUGUACUAGUUCCACUCGUCGAAGCACGAACCGGGCGCAUGACUGCUGUAUUGGCGGCUCUUCUGUGGAUCCCGAUAGGAUUGGGAAGUAUCACAACGUUGAGAUACGAUAUCGUGCGUCUGGUGUUCCGAACUUUCGAUUUCUGGUUUUUCUCCGCAAUCACGACUACAAUUACCGUCACAAUGUCGAUGUAUUUUGGAGAUUUACGCUCCGUACGGAUGUUAAUCGAUUGGAUUGGAUACCACCACGUCGUUUUUGUUGAUGCACAUGUGCUGGGUCUCCGAAGUCUCACUUACAUCCUGAUCGCCACGAUAUUAUCGGUUUGCGUCGUGCUUAUCUGUAUUUUGCUCGGGAAAGUAGAUGGAGGUUCCACGUUUACGAUUGUGAAGUACGAAAUUCAGCAAAGAACUUUUGAAUUGUCUGGUUUGGAUGUGAUCGGGAAUGGCAUGGUGUCACUAGGAUUUCUUGUCGCCAAGAUCGUUUUUCGAAGGCGUAAAGUACUUCGAGUGAAGAGAAGAAGGUCUUCGGGGAUGGUAGAGUAUCCAGAACUUGAUGUUUGUCAGUGUCUAGUACCAUUUAUUGCGCUACUGUGCACCGCCACAUUUACUGGUCUCUUUGUCGUCUUCUACCAACGCCAAUUGCUAAAACUUCUUUUUACCUCGUUCGACUUCGCGUUUUACUCGUUUCAAAUCACCGGUACAGAUAUCGGUGCUUGUAUCCUGUACAACUGGAAUACUUCGCGCUGUCUUAUGAUACUAUCGUGGUGGCUAUGGGCUCAGUGGGCGUUCACACUAGACGCAUUGACCCCGACCACACGAAAUAUGCUCAAGUUCCAGGUUCGCUUCGCCGCGCCCAUACCGAACUACGAGACUCAGUCAUGA